AUGUCUGAUGAGGAGUGGAGCUCGAUUCUAGCUGAAGAGACUGAUUUGUUGCUAGCAGUCGUUGAAGCAAACAAAAGACAACAUACGCACCAGGCCAGACAAUUAGUACUGAAACGCAUUACUGUUGAAAUGGAAGCGUACAAUAUAGACAUGCAACACCCUCGGAAAGUCUUGGAUAGACUAUUAUCCGAAAUUCUUCGGCUACGGUGUGGACAGAAAAUCAAUACUGGGCACGAAGAUCAGCUUCCUGUUGAUACUAUCAAUGUUAUGCCCGAUGAUUCUUAA